AUGGCUUCCAACUCCAUGAGCUCAAGCGCUUCUUGGACACGUAAGGAGAACAAACUAUUUGAAAGGGCUUUGGCUAUAUAUGACCAAGACACUCCUGACCGUUGGCAUAACGUUGCAAGAGCAGUUGGUGGCAAAUCAGCUGAAGAAGUAAGGCGACACUACGAGCUCCUCAUUAGGGAUGUCAAUGACAUUGAAUCAGGGCGUUAUCCGCAUCCCAAUUACCGUUCAAAUGGAAACUAA